UGUUUCCUGUUUUUGGACAAACAAGGACAACAAAUUCCCCAUCAUUCUACCUCUAGAUAUUCAGUGAUUUCACUCACCAUCUCCACCUCCAGAGCAAAUCCAGUUUUACAUCUCUUACUGUCCACUAUGAACAGGACAAAUCAUUACAAGCAAAACUAGUUUCAGUGCUUGUAUGGGCACCUGACUAUCAUUUUAAGACAGACUUGUGACAAAUUGUGAACCUAUCCUCUAAUGUGUAGUUUACUCUCAUGCAAAUUAUUUAAAUGUUUUGUGCUUGAACAUCAAAAGCUCAAGUAGCUUACUUAUGCCUCUAUUAUAUUCUGAAAUACAAAAGCUGGUUAGCAAAGGAGGAUAUCACUGUAGUUUCGAUCAAACAUCAUUAUUUAUCCAUGAUUCUGACUAAAUGUCUAUGUGACGUUAAAAUGAUUCGAAUGGCUCAUCAAAACCAACUGUUUGCUGUAUUUCUUUUCCCACAAAACAAAGAGUUUUUCUUUUUGUGGACUACAUAUCAUCUUUGAUGGGAGAAGAAGCAGAAUGCAAUAUGAUAUAUGUGUAUAGCAGUUGGCUAACUAGUAUUGUCCUGGUCAGAACUGAUGCUGCUCCAAGACCACGGUUACUUGCUGUUGCAUUUUAGGUGUAUAUGAACAUAACUGGUGUAUAAACAACCUGAGGGCAUUUUAAUUUGUAGCAGGGUCAGACAGGAGACUGAGGGGAAUUGCACACUAUGCUUGUAUUGUUUGACUCAUCUGAGAUGUGACUUAAUACUUUUUAGUGGCUAAUCCAAACUUUUUCACAUAUUUAACACACACAAUCUAUUCUAAACACUAAUUUGCAUAUUCUGGAACACUGCACUGUGGCAUCACUGAGAUGAACUCUUGACUGAUGUCACCACAUUCCUUGUUCCUUGCAUUUAACCUUGAGAGCACACUGGGAGACUCAGUAUAACAAACAACUCUUGGAUAUACAUUCAGUUGAUAUUCUCAAGUUAUCGUGUUUGAAACUUCUCGAAGAUCGUUAUGGACAAAGAACCCGCAAAAAGGAUUAAGACUCACCGCUGUCUGGCUCGAAGGAGAGAUCAAGAGCGCAGUGGCAGCACCACACAACAAAGUACAGCAUCUGCAAUGGAUGGCAGGAUGAGGAGUACUAAAAGGGAGGCCAGUCCUGUAAAGAAUACCCAAAGCAAAAAGACAAAGGUCUCUAGGAUGACUGAACCCUGUAGCAACUCUGAGGAGGACAGCAGUGUGAGAGGAAAGAAGAGGAAAGACAGGGACAAUGGAGAUGCACCAUCAAAAAAGACAAAGAAACAGAAGGGAGGACUUCUUAACCAGUACAACAGAGAGUCAACUUCCUCCUCAGUGGAAACUGAUAGAGAGAGCAGCAGCAACCCUCUGGAAGGCUGCAGUACAGCCUUGGAGCAUGUGAACAAGAGAAGCAGUAAGAGGAAGGCCGCCGCUGAUGCAGACGGACAGACAAGGAAGACGAAGAGGAGCCUGGAUCUGAAAGAGUCCAAAAACAAUACUCAAGAGGAGACUAAGAAGGAGACCAAAGAGGAGUCAUUAUUCAGGGCCCGUAGAGCUCAAUUUGAGGCCAAAUACACAGAGCAGAAUCAGCUCGGUGAAGGAGGGUGUGGAUCUGUGUUUGCUGGAUAUCGUAAUGCAGAUAAUUUACCAGUUGCUAUCAAACACAUCCCAAACGACAAAGUGUUGUGCAAAGAAGUGGACCACAAUGGGAGGCAGCUCUCAGUGGAAGUGGCCGUCAUGUUGAAACUUGCCGCUAAAAACAAUGGAUCAGUGGGGACGUCAGCACCCGUGUCUCUUCUGGACUGGUACGACCUGGGCAAGGAGCUGAUCCUGGUGCAGGAGAGACCAGUUCCCUGCGAGGACCUCCUCCAGUACAUAGAAGAUAAUGGAGGCUCACUACAGGAGGAUGAGGCAAAGAUCAUACUGAAGCAGCUGGUUUAUGCAGCAACAGAAUUACAGGAAAUGAAAAUCUUUCACCGGGACAUCAAGGUGGAAAACAUCCUCAUUGAGACCGACUCAGAGGUCCCUCGUGUUCGCCUCAUUGACUUUGGCCUGAGCUGUUUCUUCAAGAAAAGAUCACUGUAUCGUGUUUUCUAUGGUACACCUGCUCACAUCCCUCCAGAGUUUUACAGUCGUAAGACGUACUGGGCUGGCCCAACAACGGUGUGGCAGGUGGGUGUGGUCCUCUUUGAGAUGCUCCACAGAAACACACAGUUUGAGACCCCAAGGUUCCUCAGAGAUGAGCUGAAAAUCAGCAAUACCCUGUCUGAAGAUUGCCAGGAUUUCUUGCAAAUGUGUUUGACAAAAGUCCCCGAGGAGCGUGCUACUCUGGAGCAGCUCCUGCUUCACCCAUGGCUCAGAUAAACUACUCCACCCCCCUCAACACGCAGACACACUUAAAACUCCAGCCAAACAUGCCAUAAAAAUGUCAAACAAUUACUAAUGCUGCUCUCUCUGUGACAGGAAGGGGGAUGUGAAGACACUCAUUUAUUGGACUAAUCUAAUUGGACUAUAUCAAACUUCUUACAUCAGUAACAGCCUUUUUGCAGAUCCUGUAGUGCCACCCAGCCGUCCGUGGAGAGGGGAUCUCUCUUUGAAUUGCCUUUCCCGAGGUUUCUUCCCAUUGCCCUGUAGCCUCAGGAAUUUGGGGAGUUUUUCCUCGUCUUCUUAGAGAGCUUGGGCUGGGUCAGGAGCUGCUGCUGAUAUAGGCCUUUAGAAUCCAAUAAAUUAAUCUUGCCUUUAGAUCUCUGAGAGGUUAUUCUUUUUCUUAU